AUGGUGCCCUCGACAUCUGGACCUCGCUUUCCUGAGUCUCCCCCAAAAAUGAUGCUGGUGGCUCUGCUGAUGGCUCUCCAUGCCCUCUGGCAGGCCCGGGCUGUUCCCAUCCUGCCCCUGGGCCUGGCUCCAGACACCUUUGAUGAUGCUUACGUGGGCUGCGCAGAGGAGAUGGAAGAAAAGGCAGCCCCUCUGCUGAAGGAGGAGAUGGCUGGCCACGCCCUGCUGCGGGAGUCCUGGGAGGCAGCACGGGAGGCCUGGGAGCACAGGCGUGGAGGGCUCACCCUGCCCCCUGGCUUCAAAGCCCAGCACGGAAUCGCCGUCAUGGUCUAUACCAACUCAUCUAACACUUUAUACUGGGAGCUGAACCAGGCUGUGCGAACAGGCGGUGGCUCCCGGGAAUUCUACAUGAAGUACUUCCCCUUCAAGGCCCUGCAUUUCUACUUGACCCGGGCCCUGCAGCUGCUGCAGGGCAGUGGGGGCUGCAGCAGGGGACCUGGGAAGGUGGUGUUCCGAGGCGUGGGCACCCUUCACUUUGAACCCAAGAGGCUGGGGGACUCUGUCCGCUUGGGCCAGUUUGCUUCCAGCUCCCUGGAUGAGGCAGUGGCCCGCAGAUUUGGUAAUGCCACCUUCUUCUCUCUAAGGACUUGCUUUGGGGCCCCUAUCCAGGCCUUAUCUGUCUUUCCUGAGGAGCGCGAGGUGCUGAUCCCCCCACAUGAAGUCUUCUUGGUCACCAGGUUCUCCCAGGAAGGAGCCCAGAGCCUGGUGACUCUCUGGAGCUAUAAUCAGACCUGCAGCCACUUUAACUGUGCCUAUCUGGGUGGGGAGAAGAGGCGGGGCUGUGUAUCUGUACAAACAGGACAGCCAGACUCCACCUCCCAGGGGGACUUCUCUCUACUCUCCUGGAAGACCCUGUUCUUGGCACCUAGGGGCUUCCAGAUCUCAGGAGUUGGGCCCUGA